GUGCCCGGGGAACUCCAGCAGGAGUGAUUCCCAGAGGGUCUCCGCUGGCGCCAGUCCCUAACAUCACUUUUUUCAGACUGUCUCAUCCUUCUUGCCCGAUAGAUGCUCAAAGUCGCUUUUGGAGAAAGCGCCUCCUUUCUCCCCAUCACCUACAGGGUCAAAGCAUCCCUUAACCAGCAAGGGCCGUGGUACCUUCUCCAUCCCGAUUCGGGGCGGGGCUGAGGUCCGCUCAGCAGCGAAGCGACUGGGAGGCAGAGAAGAAUUUCGCGAGAGACGGGCCGGGCUGACGGUGGGUGAGCGAGGGGACUCAGGUUGCAUACCCAUCGCUAUGGCCUCUCUCCCCGUAGCCGCGAACUGGACGAACGGGGGAACGGCCGGCGCGGACACGGGGAACCUGAGUGCGCUCGAGCCUGGGGCAGCCGCGGGAAAGGCUGAGACUGAGUGGCUGCAACUGCUCGUCCAAGCCGGCAAUCUUUCCGCUUCCUUCUCCCCGCUGGGUCUGGCGGCGGCCUCCCCCGCGCCUUUGCAGUCCCGGUCUAACAUCACCAACCAGUUCGUGCAGCCGUCCUGGCGCAUCGCGCUCUGGUCCCUCGCCUACGGCGUGGUGGUGGCCGUGGCUGUCUUCGGGAAUCUCAUCGUCAUCUGGAUCAUUCUGGCCCACAAGCGCAUGAGGACCGUCACCAACUACUUCCUCGUGAACUUGGCUUUCUCCGACGCCUCCAUGGCCGCCUUCAACACCUUGGUCAACUUCAUCUAUGCGCUGCACAGCGAGUGGUACUUCGGCGCCAACUACUGUCGCUUCCAGAACUUCUUUCCUAUCACAGCGGUGUUCGCCAGCAUCUACUCUAUGACAGCCAUUUCGGUGGACAGGUAUAUGGCCAUUAUUGACCCCUUGAAGCCCAGACUGUCUGCCACCGCAACCAAGAUUGUCAUUGGAGGCAUUUGGAUCCUAGCAUUUCUACUUGCAUUCCCUCAGUGUCUUUAUUCCAAAACCAAAGUCAUGCCGGGCCGUACUCUUUGCUACGUGCAAUGGCCAGAAGGCCCCAAACAACAUUUCACUUACCAUAUUAUUGUUAUUAUACUGGUGUACUGUUUCCCAUUGCUUGUCAUGGGUAUCACAUAUACCAUCGUUGGAAUCACCCUCUGGGGAGGAGAGAUCCCGGGGGACACCUGUGACAAGUAUCAUGAGCAGCUAAAGGCUAAAAGAAAGGUUGUAAAAAUGAUGAUUAUUGUUGUGGUGACAUUUGCCAUCUGCUGGCUGCCUUAUCAUAUUUAUUUCAUCCUCACUGCAAUCUAUCAACAACUAAACAGGUGGAAAUAUAUUCAGCAGGUCUAUCUGGCUAGCUUUUGGCUGGCAAUGAGCUCGACCAUGUACAACCCCAUCAUCUACUGCUGUCUGAAUAAGAGAUUUCGAGCAGGCUUCAAGAGAGCAUUCCGCUGGUGUCCUUUCAUUGAAGUUUCUAGCUACGAUGAGCUGGAGCUCAAGACUACCAGGUUUCACCCGACUCGGCAAAGCAGCCUGUACACUGUGACCAGGAUGGAGUCCAUGACGGUGGUGUUUGACCCUAGUGAUGCAGAUAACACCAGAUCCAGUCGGAAGAAGAGAGUGCCUCCAAGAGACCCAAGCUUCAAUGGUUGCUCCCGCCAGAAUUCCAAAUCUGGCUCCACCACUUCAAGUUUCAUAAGCUCACCCUAUACUUCUGUGGAUGAAUAUUCUUAAAUUCAUUUCUUGAGUGGAAAGAGUAGAGUGAGGUCAUCAUGGUGUCACCAUAGUGUCCACAUUCUCCUGAUUGCCAGCCCUGUCCUACAUAGUCUGUAAAAAAGAGAGGCAAUUUUUAGGCAAUGUGUUUCAACUGAGAAAGGUAGCAUUUGAGUUUAGCAAAGACAGUAUUAAGGUAUUUGACCCCUCAAAAAUCAAAUGGGCUUUAAAUUUAUUCUUUGAAAAAUUUAAUAAUUGUAUGUAACAGAAACAUAUUUCUGAAAAGUAUUUGUAAAGAGUUUCAUUUUUCUCAUUGAAAAAUUGCAAUAUAUAUUUGUGACACUAAAGUGACAUAUGAUUUCCCCAAAAGAUUAAAGAACCAUAAAAAUAUAAUGAUGUGAACGAAUAAAAAUAAAAUCUAUAUAAAA